UGUCAUAAACCAUGAAAAAUGCUUUCUCGGUUCAACAUUCACCGGACGUUCAAACGCUGGAAAUUUCGAUUCUUUUUGCGCUCCGUAGAAAACCCAGAUGCCAUUUUGGUGGGAUCAUGUUUGUCUUCCUCUUGUUCAUCGCCAGAGCCAUCUCUGGUUCGCUCCGAUAACUUGACGCUUCAAACGACGACUAAACCUUGUGACCAAGACCGAAUCUUCCCGUUGAACAAGAUUAUAGCCAGAUUUGUACGUUCCGGAGAUAUAGACGAAGCUCUCCGAGUGUUUCACGGGAUGAGAGCUAAGAACACAGUCACCUGGAACACCCUGCUCGUUGGGAUUUCAAAAGAUCCAAGCAGAUUGAAGGAAGCACACCAACUGUUCGACGAAAUCCCUGAACCAGAUACUUUCUCCUACAACAUCAUGUUGUCUUGCUACGUUCGUAACGGAGACUUCGAGAAAGCUCAGAGCUUUUUCGAUCGGGCUCCAUUCAAGGACGCGGCGUCGUGGAACACGAUGAUCACAGGGUAUGCACGGAGAAGGGAAAUGGAAAAAGCGCGGGAAUUGUUCUACGCCAUGACGGAGAAGAACGAGGUUUCUUGGAACGCGAUGAUCUCUGGUUACGUAGAAUGCGGAGAUUUGGAAAUGGCAUCACGUUUCUUCAAAGCGGCUCCUGUUAGAGGAGUGGUGGCCUGGACGGCGAUGAUCACAGGGUACAUGAAAGCCAAGAAGGUUGAAUUAGCUGAGGCAGUGUUCAAAGACAUGACUGUGAAGAAAAAUCUCGUUACAUGGAAUGCUAUGAUCUCUGGUUAUGUCGAAAAUUCUCGGCCAGGAGAUGGAUUGAAGCUUUUCAAAGUAAUGCUUUUUGAUGGAAUUAGGCCUAACCCGUCAGGUCUAAGCAGCGUAUUGCUUGGAUGCAGCGAGUUAUCUGCGUUACGGUUAGGGAGGCAGAUCCAUCAGAUAGUGUGUAAAUCUAUAUUGUGUAGUGAGAUAACCGCAUUGACGUCGCUGAUCAGUAUGUACUGCAAAUGUGGUGAACUUGGUGAUGCCUGGAAGCUCUUUCAGGGUAUGAGGAAGAAAGAUGUCGUCGCGUGGAACGCGAUGAUAUGCGGGUAUGCACAGCAUGGUAGAGCAGAAAAGGCUCUGCGUUUGUUCAGUGAGAUGAGAGAUGACAAUAUCAGACCGGAUUGGAUAACGUUUGUAGCGGUUUUGCUAGCUUGCAACCAUUCUGGAUUAGUGGAUACUGGGAUGCAGCAUUUCGAGUCGAUGGUGAGAGAUUACAGGGUAGAACCGCGGCCUGAUCACUACACGUGUAUGGUUGAUCUUCUGAGUCGGGCUGGGAAGCUGGACGAGGCGUUGAAACUGAUACGAUCGAUGCCGUUUAGACCACACGCUGCAGUCUUUGGGACGCUCUUAGGGGCUUGUAGGGUGCAUAAGAAUGUGGAAUUGGCUGAAUUCGCAGCCGAGAAGCUGCUUGAGCUUGACCCGAGUAAUGCAGCUGGGUAUGUGCAGCUCGCGAAUAUCUACGCAUCGAUGAGUCGUUGGGAGGACGUUGCAAGGGUUCGUAAGAGAAUGAAGCAGAGCAAUGUUGUGAAGGUACCAGGAUACAGUUGGAUCGAGAUUCGAAACAAGGUUCACCAUUUCAGAUCAAGUGAUCGGAUCCACCCGGAAUUAGAGUCAAUACACAAGAAACUGAAGGAGUUGGAGAAAAAGAUGGAGCUGGCUGGAUACAUACCAGAGCUGGAGUUUGAUUUACACGAUGUAGAGGAAGAGCAGAAAAAGAAACUAUUGUUAUGGCAUAGCGAGAAGUUAGCUGUUGCUUUUGGGUGCUUAAAACUCCCUGAAGGUUCACGGAUACAAGUUUUCAAGAACCUGAGAAUCUGUGGUGAUUGCCAUAAAGCAAUCAAAUUUAUCUCGGAGAUAGAGAGACGAGAGAUCAUGGUGAGAGACACCACAAGGUUUCACCAUUUCAAAGAUGGGUCUUGUUCUUGUGGCGAUUACUGGUGAAAAAGAGAAGAGCUUUGACUCUUCUCUAUUGGUCAAAUCUGACGUGACGACAGUAUUUAUAUGCGUUAUUGUGUGAAAAAAGUUUCGA